UAUCGUCAGUGUGAAAACGUGAUCUGUGAGUGCAACUUAAAAUAUCCAUUCAGCGAAUUAUUGCAAUAUUCGGAAAUUUUUCGUUCUGAUACAAUCGUUUUAUUGAAUUUACAACGACGUAAAACACCGUAACGUUUCAUUCACAGAACUUGGAGGACGAAGUAGGUCUGCUGCAAACCGUGUUAGAUGAGCGCAAUCGGGCUUGUCACAAUUACCACAAAGUUUCCAUUUUUAGAACAGCGAACUGCGCCGCGGCCGCAGCGUGGUCGGACAUUUACUCAAACAGGUAGUAAACAAUAGGAGCGCAAAAGGACCAACUCGCUAUUUUUGAUCAAAAAUAACUAACGGACCUAUCAUGGUAACAACAAAACACUGCUGCUUUGGUUUCUGCCGGAGCGACUCGCGAUAUGCUCACCGGGAUCAUAUGAGGGGAGUUUUCUUCAUAUCUUUUCCAAAGCCGAGGAGGAACAAAGAGAAAUGCAUUCGCUGGGUAGAAGCUUGUAAACGGCAGGGAUUUACAGUAGAAAAUGUCACCAAACACACAUAUAUAUGCUCUCUGCACUUUGUCGGUAGAAAUGGGCCAACGUCUGAAAAUCCCGAUCCAAUACCAGCAACGUCUGAGGAGAUAGAGCGGAUGGCACGCAAAAGGAAAGUGCCAACCCAAAGAACCGUAGACACCCCUGAUGCAUCACUGAAAAUGCCUUACCACUGUGUGGCGUACGGAUGCGGCAAAACUGCGGAAAACAAUGUCACACUAUUUCCAUUCCCCAAAGACCCCGAGGAAUUUCGUAAAUGGGAGAAGCAAGUUCAACGUACUCGCAGCGACUGGUUGGCCUCGCCCAACUGUCACCUCUGCAGCGAGCAUUUUGGCAAAGACUACUUUGAGUCCAUAUCACCCUUAGGGGUUCCGAAACUGCGACCCGGUGCAGUUCCCACUGUGUUUGUCCGUCCGCACUGCACUUCCUGUUAUGGCACUGGCUGCGAUAAAUGCCUUGCUACCGUCAAGCACUGGAGCACUGAUGCAGAACCAAAAGAGCGUAAUAUUACAAGUCCUUCGCCGGCAAGAAUUGUUGAAAUAGUACCAUCACAGUCAAAAGAUCCAGAUGGACCAAGUGAUGAGCAAAAACAAGGACAACAAAACGAGCAGUCUAAAGUAACACAAACAGUGGCGUGUGAGACGUGUGGUAUACGUGGGUGCAGUAGCAGCUUUUACUCAAAAAGCAAACGUUUCUGUAGUCUAACCUGCUCACGCUCUUUUGCAUCUCGCUUCAAGAAGUCCGCCAUGCGGACACGCCUGCAGGAAAAUCCUCUUGCAAAAAAGGCCAAAAUAUUUUGCAAAUUUACCAAAGCUCGCUCGGCAGUACUGGAUGCACCUGUUACAGUUUUUAAUUGGGGUGACUACUUGGAGAAGGAAACGUCCUUGGGGGCAUCUCUCUCUUCCUUCAGACAUGCUCCCAUGUGUGCCCAAUGGGACGACAUCAAUGUGGGGAUGAAAGUAGAAGUCUUGAACAGCAACGCAGUGCUGUCGACUAAAGUUUACUGGAUCGCUACUGUCAUACAAAUUGCAGGAUACAAAGCCUUGUUGCGAUACGAGGGCUUUGAGCAUGACAGCAGCCGUGAUUUCUGGGGCAGCCUCGUUUCGGGCGAGCUGCACCCCAUCGGGUGGUGCGCCAUGACUGGCAAGCUCCUGGUGCCGCCACAAGAUGUCACCAACAUCCUUGACUGGAAAGAAUAUCUGAUGAAAAAGUUGGUGGGGUCCCACACUUUGCCUGUUGAGUUCUACCUCAAGCUGAACGAGAGCCUAAAGCAGCAAGCUUUCAAAGUGGGCAUGCGCGUGGAGGUGGUUGACCCCAAAUACAUCAGCCGGACCCGCAAGGCCGUCAUCGCAUCCAUUACUGGUGGGCGCCUACGGCUGUUAUACACGGACCAGAGCGACUCCCCUGACAACAUUGUGACGGAUUUCUGGUGCCAUCUGGCUAGUCCUCUCCUGCAUCCGAUUGGUUGGUCCAAACAAGUGGGUCACGACAUCAAAGCACCCGGCGUGAAAUCACCUGGUGCUGGUUUGAAGGGUAACUGUGACAGUACAUACAACUUCUUUAAAAAGCCCAGAUAUGUCUACAUGGACGGAUGUUUCUUUGAGGAGGAAAUGAAGCUAGAAGCUAUUGACCCUCUAAACCUGGGCAGCAUCUGCGUGGCAACUAUACACAAGGUGCUGUCAGACGGUUAUCUGAUGGUCGGCUUUGACAGUGGGUCAUUGCUCCUUUCCGACCGGUUCUGUUACCACGCUUCCUCUCACGCAAUCCUUCCCAAAGGCUUCUGCAAAAAGAAUAACAUCCCACUCACUGUGCCACGAGGUUUCGAUCCCAAGACCUUCAACUGGGAAGAUUACCUGGAGCAAACCAAUUCAAAAGCUGCACCUCCACAUCUGUUCAACACUGACUAUCCAGGUCACGGCUUCUCCCCUAAUGUGAAACUGGAAGCGGUGGACCUGAUGGAACCACGACUGGUGUGCGUGGCCACUGUGAAGCGUUGCGUGGGACGCUUGCUCCUCAUCCACUUUGACGGCUGGGAUGAUGACUUUGACCAGUGGGUCGACCACGAGUCCCCCGACAUCUAUCCCAUUGGCUGGUGUGAGCUCACCGGCUACCAGCUUCAGCCACCCCCUGGACUCGCAGUUGAAAACCACGUGGUACAGGUCAAGAAGACAAAGGUACCCUUCUUUAGGGGAAAAAAGAGGAAGAAUGCAAAGAAGCGCUCCCACCUUCUUCAUAAAAUUAAGGAGGACGACGGUGAUGACUAUCAACAAUCACCUUUAAGCAACGCUUCUGCUCAACCUCCAUUCAAGAAGAAAAUGACUUCUCCUCCAAACAUGCUCCUUGUUCAACCCAAAAGAGAACCAGAGGAGCAAGAAAUUGCUGCAGUGGAGGUGAAGGUGGAGGAGGUGGAAAUGGAGACUCUAAUCGCCAGUCCAGCUCAAACAUAACACUUCAGGAAACCUCGGCAAAGAGACUGCAGAACAUCAAGUGAUGCGUGGUGACUAUUUAUUUCUUUUGUGUCCAGAAGAAACCUUGUUUUUCAGCAGAGGUCUAGAAGUGGACACGGGAGACUGGGAUAGAAUCAGAGACUUGAAGAAAAAAUUGAAAUGAGGUUUUCCUGUUUUUCCUGUUGUUGUUUUUCCAUCACUGUAUAAUUUGUUUAUAAUUCAAUGUCUUAAAAAAUCUUGAGAUCAAUUGUAUUGUCUGUGUCUGAUUGUCUUGCACAGGGUGCAAUUCAAGCUUGAUUCAUCGCUGCUUUCAGCAAAGUGAGAGUAAAUAUCCGUUCCCUCUGAGACUCAUUUUCCAAAAUAAGCAGAUAAAA